AUGAUCUGCAUCAUAUGGAAUUGCCAAGGUGCUGCGUCUAAAGCUUUUAGACGCACCCUCAAACAGUUUUGUAGGAGUUAUAAGCCAGAUUUGGUAUGUCUUUUUGAACCGAAAGUGUCGGGCGACCAAGCCAAUCGUAUCUGCAUUAGCUUUGGGUUUGAAGAAUGGGUCAGAGUUGAGGCGGUAGGCUUCUCAGGAGGAAUAUGGGUGUUCUGGAACCACACGGUAGAGAUCCAAGUAAUUAGCACACAUCCACAGUUCGUCAAUCUACAGGUUAAGGAAGGUAACGGCUUGCCUUGGGUGCUAUCGCUUGUGUAUGGCAGCCCCAACAUAUCCUUGCGAAGAAGAUUAUUUUCAGAGCUUACAUCCUCUAGCUUUAGUACCCAACCCUGCUGGUUGGCAUGCUGCGACUUUAACUCGGUAACAAGCAGUGAUGAAGUCAGUAACGCAGCUUGUUUCAACUCGUCAAGAUGUGCAGACUUCAACAAUUGGAUUUUCAGGGAAGGGCUUAUUGACUUAGGCUUCACAGGGUAG